AUGGCUUACAGGGAUCGUCUGGCCGCCUCACGGGCACAGAGGGAGCAGCCAAUCGAGCUUUCGGGCAUCCCACAAGUCCAAACUCCCGUGACUGCAAGUACUCCUGGUGGGGGUCUCUCAGAUCUGGCGGCGUUCCUGGCAGAGGACACCUCAAUACAGAAUGGAAUCCAGCAGAUGAGGGACAAUGUCGCCCAGAUUGCAGCUCUGCGAACACAAUCUUUAAACGCCAUUGAUGACUCCACCCACAACGCGGGAAGAAUAGACGAAUUGACCAGUGAAACACGUGUUCUGAUGCAGGAACUAAAAGAAAGGAUUCGUCAAAUGGAGAGCACACCGUCUAGGCAUGAUGUGCAACUGCGGAAUAACAGGUUGGCCGUCCUUCGGACAAAAUUUCUUGAAGCGCUGCAAGACUAUCAACGCGAAGAGCAGGAAAGUCGAGCAAAAGCGAAACAGAGGGUGGAAAGGCAAUUGCUAAUUGUCAAGCCUGACGCGACGCGUGAAGAAGUUGCCGCUGCUAUUGAUGGCGGAGGUGGACAACAGAUAUUUGCCCAAGCAUUGACCAAUUCGACACGGUAUGGCGAGUCUCGAGCCGCGUAUAGGGAGGUUCAGGAACGACAAGAAGACUUAAAAAGAGUAGAGCGCACUUUGGCCGAAUUAGCUCAACUGUUUUCCGACAUGGCAACUCUUGUGGAACAACAAGACGCGGUCAUUAACAAUGUUGAGCAGACUGCCCAAAACGUAACAGUGGAUACCAGAAAAGCACUCGAAAAUACUGACCAAGCAGUUGUACAUGCCCGAUCUUACCGUAGGAGUCGAUGGAUAUGCUUUGGAAUUUUCGUGCUUGUUUUAGUCAUCCUCGCAAUUGUUCUCGGUGUUGUCUUUGGGAGGAAAUAG